AAAGAUUGGAGAAGGCCAAAGGGAACACGAAACGCCUCUAGCUUGGCUUGGCUGGCCUCCAUCCCACUAUCCCAGCGAAAAAUAUCUCUGUGAAUCGGUCUCAGAUCUGCCGCUUAUUCUUUCUUUCUCUCUUCUUUCUUUCCUUGUUCGGAAUUUGGGUUUCUCCUCCUAAAAUCUUCAACCCGUAUAACUUCGCCACCCUGAAACCCUCGUUCCAUUCAUGCUGAUUGCGCCGGAUCUAUUUCCACGGUUCCAGAAUGCGGGAUCCAUGACGCGGGUUUUUUAUUUAUCGAACCAUUUUAUCCGUAUGUAUUAUUGAUUCCAUCAUUCGCCGUUUUUUUUAUCGAAUUUUGUGAGAAUUAUCGUGGACUAUUUGCGAUGUUUGGUACGUUGGUGUUCUGGGAGGGUUAUGUCAGCGAUGAGAUGAUGGGUACCUUUGCCCCGAUCGUCAUUUACUGGUUCUAUUCCGGGAUUUACCAGAUCUUGCCACCCUUGGAUCGGUUCCGGCUGCAUACCAGAAAGGAGGAGGAGCAGAAGAAUUUGGUGGCAAUAUCGACAGUCAUCAAGGGCGUUCUUCUUCAGCAACUGGUUCAGGCCACAGUCGCCCGAAUUUUGUUUUUGGUAACUGGGAGCUCAAGCCCUACAGAGAAACUGAUACAACCAUCGGUUCCAGUUCAAGUAAUCCAGAUAUUUAUAGCAAUGAUAGUGAUGGAUACGUGGCAAUAUUUUGUGCAUCGUUACAUGCAUCAAAACAAGUUUCUGUAUCGUCACAUACACUCUCAACAUCACAAGCUGGUUGUUCCUUAUGCAAUCGGAGCCCUUUACAACCAUCCCCUUGAAGGUCUCCUUCUGGACACAUUUGGGGGUGCCAUUUCCUUCUUGAUCUCUGGCAUGACUGCGCAAACAGCAGUUUUCUUCUUUUGCUUCGCGGUGAUGAAGACUGUUGACGAUCACUGUGGGCUUUGGCUACCUGGCAACAUUUUUCACAUUUUCUUCCAAAACAAUACAGCUUAUCAUGACGUCCACCAUCAGCUUCAGGGGGCAAAGUAUAACUACUCUCAGCCUUUCUUUUCAAUAUGGGAUAGAGUAAUGGGAACCUACAUGCCCUAUAGGUUAGUCAACCGGGAAGAAGGUGGUUUUGAGGUCAGACAAUUGAAGAGUUAGAUUUAAAGCCGUAAUCAUCAGUGUAAGAGGGGGUAAUGCAGGCAGGGUCGUCUAUGAUCAAAGAACUGAAUAUAUAUGGUAGAAGAAUUACCCUGCCAUUAGUCUGAUGAUGUUUAUAUGGAUGGAAUCGUGGGUUUUUCCUUUCUCCAUAAAUUGCUUCUCUAGUCUUUUACUCUAUAGUCUGCUGUAUUAGAAUGGUUUGACGACUGUUGUAGAAAGAAUCUUGUUAUUAUUAAAUCUGAAUAUUAUUGAUCUGUAGAGUUUUGGAUUUCA